GAGGAGAGCGAGGGCGAGAGAACAGCGAGUCAUUGUGCUGGUACACCAGGCACUGGCAGACACACUCAAGACACAUUAACGCAUUCACACACUGACACAAACGCGCACAUAAACGCAUGCUUCUGCCCACCGCUACACAGACCCGAGCUGGCAUCCCAGAGGGCAGCACUUCACUCCUGUCCUUGCCUCUGAAUCUUACAACCCAAGUGACAUUCACUCUAGCUGAGCCACUUCAGAGGUCUGAAUCUGUAGGUUUCACCUCCAUCACAGGUUUAUGGCAUUUCGGGUCAAGCCCUGUAUCCAGAUCGAAGGUACCCAAAGCAAGAAGGUGGAGGAUUAGCAGAUGAGUGACUGUGGAAGGAUUUAAACUUCAGAGACUUUGUUGUCGCCCAUCAGUCUUUAGGUCCGCUUGUCAGCCUACUCUCUUCAUUUAUUGGAACUCACUUUGGAAAGACUUUGUCUUCGCAAUUCUUACUGCCGUUGAAGUCUAUCGAAGGCUUCUGUCUGUGCUAUCCAUUGGACUCUUCCAAGAGAUCAAGAUUCACCAUGGCAACUACUGGCAUGCAGCUGUUUGGCCUGGUCCUGUCCAUCAUGGGCUGGGUGGGUGGCUUCCUGGUGUGCACCCUGCCCAUGUGGAGGGUCACCGCCUUCAUCGGAAACAACAUUGUAACGGCGCAGAUCACAUGGGAGGGCCUGUGGAUGAAUUGCAUCUGGCAAAGUACAGGGGAGAUUCAGUGCAAGGUCUAUGACAGCCUGCUGGCUCUUCCUAGUGACAUGAAGGCUGCGCGGGGUCUGACGGUUCUCGCUUUACUCAUCUGCACCCUGGCACUCACUCUGGGUGUUCUGGGUGUCAAGUGCACAGAGUGCGUGGGCCUCCCAAGCCCCAAGGCACGCUUGGCCCGCGUGUCCGGUGUGCUCUUUGUCCUUGCUGGGUUCCUCAUCCUUGUACCUGUCUGCUGGACGGCCCAUUCCAUCAUCAGGGAUUUCUAUGACCCCUAUGUGGCGGCCCCUCACAAACGUGAGCUUGGCCCUGCACUCUACCUAGGCUGGGGGGGUUCAGCUUUGCUGUUGAUCGGUGGAUCGCUCCUCUACGCAGGGUCCAAUCCCCCUGGGAUUCCCUCUUCUCCUACAUUUAGCAGUGGCGAGAGCAGCCCACGUCGAGCGGGUGGACCAGCCCAGGUCAAGGGUUAUGUUUGAUGACCAGCAUCGACACACCAGUCCCCGAAAGCCUUCUCUGCUAGAGUUUCCCAUUGUGAUAGAUUCAAGUUAAUUUUAAUCUAUUUUUUAUCAUUCAGAAUAUUUCUGUAGUGUGAUGGUGGUAGUAAAUAGAAAUGUGAAAUCAAGUUUCCUUGCCACCUCUAAUGUCCACUUAUAAGUCUGUCUUUCUUCGCUAUUCAAUAAUAAAACCUUAAAUCCUU